AUGGCGAACAAACUUAUUUAUCUUAUACUUGUCUCAAGUAUUAUACUUUUGCAGACUACUAAUUAGCAAUUUCCAAAGAUUAACUUCGGUUUUAAGAAGAAGAAUUAGGAUAAGAAAGAUCUACCUAAAGCUUCAGAAAAUGAAAAUAACGAGUAGCAAAAAUAGAAAAUCCUUGAUAAAAUAAACUAAGAUCAUCUAAAUAUAGAGAACGAUUUAUCUCUUCACGAGGAUGCACCUUAGUCAAAGCAUUAAUAAAGCGGUUAGGGAAAUGUAGCUUUCUAAGAAAAUGAGGAGUAACAACAUGCGAGAACAGAUGAAGCAUAGGAUUUAAAUGCAGAAAAAGAAAUUAAGUUAGAAUUAGUGCACCAACAUUAAAUAAAUUAACCUGAACUUGAAAAAGAAGAAGAAUAUGAUGAUGAAUUUGAAGAUAAUUAAGGAAAAGAAGUUAAAAUUGAGGCAGAUGAUGAAAGAUAAGCUUAAUCGAAUGUUUAUGCAAGAAAACCUUAACAAAUUCAAUAUUAAUCACAGUAAUAAAAGCAUUAAACUGUCGAAAAAAUAUAAUUAGAAGGUUAAGCAGCAUCAGAAAAUCACUAGGAGCCAGUUAUAAAUCGCGAAACUCAUCAUAGAGUACUUGAUGAAAAUAUAUAAAUCAUGGAUGAGCAACCUUAGAUGAAUUAAGAAGUUUAAGAUCAAGAAAUUAAUAACAAAAAUAAUAACAAUCAUGACCAUAGUCAUCAUGAUCAUUAAGAUCAUUCCCAUGACCAUCAUGAUCAUAGUCAUUAGCAUGCUUAAGGCCAUCACCAUGACCCUUAUGUGGUACUUGACCAUUCUCAUUAGCCCCUUUCAGCCCAAUAAUAGGAACAAUAGUAAAAGCAUAAUCAUAGACAUGAUGUCAACGAAUAAAUUCUUAAAAUAACACCCAAAACUUUAUAUAAUACUCAAACAGUUUCUCCCUCGAAUCCCUUCUCAAUUAUGGAAUUUAUCUCAGGAAUAACCACUCUAUUUGACUAUCAAUAUAGAAUUGAAAAGUUCCAUAAACUGAGCCAUAAAUACACUAAAUUCAUCAGAGAGGAAUAUGAUAUCUAAGAGCCAUUUGAUAAAGUCAUCUUCUCCUUCGUUUUCACAAUUAUUAUCUACUCGAUAGUUUGCUUAAGCAAGUAAUUGCUGAAGAAUAGUCUUUAAAAGCGUUAGAGAUAUUCUUUCAACCAACCAGAUUUCUCUGAGAUAGCAGUACUUAACUAAACAGUUAAAAAGAUAGGCAUUGAUGUAUUAGAUAUUUACAAGCAAUUAGGUCAGAAGCCCAUCGAAAGUAACUCAUCAAGCAGUUUAAUGUAAAAUGCUAAUGAUUUAAUAAUUAAAAAAUUCGAUGAAAUUAAUAAACAAAUUAUCAGUAUGGACUAAAUAAAAAAGGUCUUAGAUGAAUAAAUUCAAUAAUCAAGAGCUAUAGAUUAAAGUCAAUAGCAGAAGUAAGAUUUAAUCACCUAACUUAGCUUGUAACUUUAAAACCUAGAGUUAAAGCUUAAUAUUCCAAUAUAACCAAAAUAAGUAGAUGUCAUUAAGAAGAAUGAAAAUCCAAUCAAGUAAUAAAUUCAACAGUAACCUCAUAUUAAAACUGAAAACAUUGAACAAUAGAAAUCUUCUUCUCAAUAAGUGCAACCAUUUAUGAUGACAAAAUAGCCAUAGGUGAAAUUAAAUCAAGCAAAUUAAUCCCAAAAUGUUAAAUAAGUUGAAGAUAAUAAGGCAAAAGAAAGUAUGGGAGAAGCUUAAAAUUAGAAAGCAAAACAAUAAGAUUAGGAUUCAAAUGAAUAAGAAACAAGAAUAAAAUAGCAAUAAAAGCCUAAAGAAGAAUAAUCAAAUCCAAAAUAAGAGCAGUCUAAUUAAAAUUCACAAGCUAUUCCCACUAUCGGUGGAUAAAUUUAAACUUCUAUUCCAAUUUAGUAGAACUAGCCAAGGAUGAAUUCACCAUUCUAGCCACAGAGAUUUGGAGCACCAUAAAUGAGACCCGGAGUUCCAGGUGGUCAUACCAUGAGACCAGGUGGGCCUUAAGGAAUGAUAAGGCCAUAAGGUCAAGUCCCAGGAGGAAUGAGACCAUUCCCAAUGAGAUAACCUUUACCAUAACAGUAGGUUUAAUCUACAAUUUAAUAGCAACUACCAGCAUAAUAAUUGCAAAGCUAAGAAAAGAUUACUGAAUAAAAAUAAGAUUUAACUGUGAAUGCUAAGAAGCAAGAAAUUGAAAAGAAGCAUCUACAAAGAAACAAAGAACUGACUUGGAACAGAAAUUCGGUACUCGUUUUUCUGCUCUACAUGAUUUGGAAUACCUUGAUCUUGUUCGUUGUACUGCCAUUGAUCCUAUGCAUGGCCUUUUCCUAGGAACAGCAAAGAAAAUGA